AAGGGAAUGUCAAAUCCUGGGAAGCCGUUAAGUAAAGAGGUUUUGGUUUUUGGGGUGGUUUUUUGGAAAGGGUUUUUCUCUCCCCCCCCUUCAUUUUUUUUCUCCUUGCCCUCCCCCUCCUCUCUCUCCCUCCCCACGUCACAGUAUUAACCGCAGAGGAAGGGAGGGGAAAAAAAAGGACAGAGGGGGAGAGGUGGGGGGGGAAGGCAAGGAAGGAAGGAAAGAAGGAAGGAAGGAAGAGGAAGGAAGAUCAAGCCUUAUGCCCAUACUUCUGAAACUUGAAGGUCCUGGGAGUCAGCUUAAAAAUCAGGGAGGAGAGUGGAGAGGAGGGGAGAGAAGCUAGCUGGACUUGCCUCUCGCCCUUUGAGACGGAGCAAAGUGAGACAUUGUGAGCCUGCCAGCCUCACAGAACGCUGAAAGAGACAGAAUUUGUAGCAACAGAGAGCUCUUUUGGAGCCUUGCAUAUAAUUAAGUCCAAACACAAAGGAAGCCGCUGAAUGGAGGUUGUCACUCUCUGGAAAAGGGUGGGUAAGGCACUUUUUAAUUUCAUUCUUUCGUGAAGAGAGAGGUCUUUUUUUCUUUUUUAAAGAAUUGUUCAUUUCUAUGCUGCGGCAGCAAAAAUGGACAAGACCCCUUGUACCUUUUGAAUGCCUCUCUGAACUUUAAUGCUGUACAGAUUUUUGCAUGCUGUUUUGUUUUGUUCUUUUUUAAACAGGGCAAAAGCCCCGAAAGUGACAUCUUUAGCCCCCAUGGUUCUCUUGUUUUUGCCUCGCCCCCACCCCCUCACCCCCUGUUUUACAUACAAUAUGAUGCAGAAUUCGUAAAGGGAACUGUCGGACAAAAGAUUCAAUGGACAUUCUCGAGCGCAUUUGGGGAUAUUCUCGCUAAUGGAUUUCCUUCUUAUUGGUGUCUGUUUAAACUGGCUGCUGAGGAAGCCCCCAGGGUUGAUCCUGUGCACACUGGGUCUCUUUUUCAAAAUGCUUCCAGCCGUGAAUAGUGGGUGCCCGCAGCUCUGCCGGUGCGAGGGGAGGCUCUUCUACUGCGAAUCCCUGAAUCUCACAGAGAUGCCGCACAACUUGUCGGGCGUGAUGGGCUUGUCGUUGCGGUACAACAGCCUUUCCGAGCUGCCUGACGGACAGUUCACAGGGUUAAUGCAACUCACGUGGCUAUAUCUGGAUCACAAUCACAUUUGCUCAGUGGAGGAAAAUGCCUUUGAAAAGCUGCGGCGAGUUAAGGAGCUCACCCUGAGUUCCAACAAAAUCACACAACUGCCCAACACCACUUUCCGGCCCAUGCCCAACUUGCGCAGUGUGGAUUUAUCCUACAACAACCUGCAGGCUCUGGAGCCGAACCUGUUUCACGGCUUGCGGAAGCUGACGACGUUGCACAUGCGGUCCAACGCCAUCAAGUUUGUGCCUGUCCGAAUAUUCCAAGACUGCCGCAGCCUGAAGUUUCUGGACAUAGGAUACAAUCAGUUGAAAAGCCUGGCUCGAAACUCUUUUGCAGGCUUGUUCAAACUCACCGAGUUGCACCUGGAGCACAAUGACUUGGUGAAAGUGAACUUGGCCCAUUUCCCCAGGCUCAUCUCCUUGCACUCCCUCUGCUUGCGCAGGAAUAAAGUCACUAUUGUGGUGAAUUCCUUGGACUGGAUAUGGAAAUUAGAGAAACUGGACCUCUCGGGCAAUGAGAUUGAAUACAUGGAGCCUCAUGUUUUUGAAAGUGUACCUCAACUCCAGUACCUGCAGCUGGAUUCCAACCGGCUCACCUACAUCCACCCGAGGAUCCUAAACUCCUGGAAGUCCCUCGUGAGCAUCAGCCUUUCUGCAAAUGUCUGGGAUUGUGGACGUAACAUUUGCGCCUUGGCCUCUUGGCUGAGCAACUUCAAAGGCCGCUACGACAGCAACCUCCUCUGUGCCACCCCUGAAUAUACACAGGGUGAGGAUGUCUUAGAUGCAGUAUAUGCUUUUCACUUAUGCGAAGAUGCAACAGACCCAACAAUGGACAUUAACCUCCUGUCUGCUGUAGCAAACAACAGUGACCAAACAUUCAGCUACAGCCCUGCCACAAUGAACUACGAUGUGCAGGAUAUCGAAGGGGAUAGAACGACAAAUGCCAUCACGGUAACUAUGCCCAACGAGAACACCGAGAAUGCUGUUCAGAUCCACAAGGUGGUCACAGGGACCAUGGCCCUCAUCUUCUCGUUCCUCAUAGUAGUUUUGGUGUUGUACGUUUCAUGGAAGUGUUUCCCUGCCAGCCUUAGGCAACUGAGACAGUGUUUUGUGACACAGCGCAGGAAGCAAAAGCAAAAACAAACCAUGCAUCAAAUGGCUGCUAUGUCAGCCCAGGAGUAUUACGUUGAUUACAAACCCAACCAUAUUGAAGGUGCUCUGGUGAUCAUUAAUGAGUAUGGAUCCUGUACUUGCCACCAGCAGCCAGCAAGGGAAUGUGAGGUGUGAUUUAAUUCUUUUCCAGUGGGGGAUUUAACACGGUGUGUGCAACCAAAUAGCAGUGGGCAAAUUAAAGGACAGUUGGAGGGUUGACGUUUGCUUACCAAUGCCCUUCUUUGCUGAAAUUAUUUUAAAAAAAUAAAAAAGAGGAGCUGUCCCAAAAAAGAGAGACUUGAUAUUUUAGCUUUAUUGUGGCUUAAAACCUUCAAGACAUUCAACUUUCAAAAAGAAAUAAGAUAUUUCACAUUAACAGCUCUCUCUACAGAUCUGUCAAUAUUCAGAAAAAAAAAUCAGAGUGUAAAAAAGUACCAAUUAUUGAUUUUUUUUGUAAAACUACAACAAAAAUAUGUUUAAAAUAAAAGCAAAAUAGCAUUUACAGUUUUUACAGACUGGUGU